CCAGGUCCUGCCUCUUUGACAGCGCCCAAGUGGAGCACCGCAGGCCCCACACUCCCGUCUGCACUGCAACACCGCGGCACCGUCCACAACCCGUGCACUCGGCCCCUCCUGCCACCAUGGCGGACCCCAGGGACAUCCAGCCCUCAUCGGCGCCCCAGCCGCUCUACGAAGACCACGAGCACCACAAAGGCGCCGCGGACAAGAUCAUCAACGAUGCCCGCCUCGCGACCGAGAAAGAGCACAACAUGACGCUAUGGCAGGGCAUUCGGCUCUACCCCAAGGCCAUUGGCUGGUCGGUGCUGAUCAGCACGUGCAUCGUCAUGGAGGGCUACGACGUGUGUCUGCUCAACAACUUCUUCGGGUUCCCGCAGUUCAAGGAGAAGUACGGCGAGCAGCUUGCCGACGGGUCGUGGGAGAUUCCCGCGCCGUGGCAGGCUGGUCUGAGUAACGGUGUGAUUGUGGGCGAGAUUAUUGGAUUGUUUCUCAACGGCUGGAUCAGUGAGGCGAUUGGGUACAGGUACACCGUCAUGGGCUGCUUGUUCCUGAUCAUCUGCUUCACGACCAUCUUCUUCACGGCGCAGACCGUGGUGCAUCUCCUGGUUGCUGAGAUCCUGUGUGGCAUCCCGUGGGGCGUAUUCCAAACGCUGACCAUUACGUACGCGAGUGAAGUGUGCCCGGUGGCGCUGCGUGGAUACUUGACUACAUAUGUCAACUUCUGCUGGGGCCUGGGCCAGCUCAUCGGCAUUGGCGUGAUUCGAUCUAUGGUCGACCGCCAGGACGAGUGGUCGUACCGCAUCCCGUAUGCUCUGCAGUGGAUGUGGCCUGUGCCGCUCAUGAUUGGUGUUUUCCUGGCUCCGGAGAGCCCCUGGUGGCUCGUCCGCAAGGGCCGUCUCGAAGACGCAAAGAAAUCUCUUCUCCGCCUCACCAGCCUGAAUCGCGAGACUGACUUCGAUGCCGAGGAGACGGUGUCUAUGAUGGUGCACACGACCGCCCUGGAAGAGAAGAUCACCAAGGGCGCUACCUACCUCGACUGCUUCAAGGGCGUUGACCUGCGCCGCACAGAGAUUGUCUGCAUGGCCUGGGCUAUCCAGAACUUGAGUGGUAACGCAUUCUCUGGGUACUCGUCGUACUUCUUGCAGCAGGCUGGUCUCGACCCGUCCACAUCCUACGACUUCGCCAUGGGCCAGUACGGAAUCAACAUGGCCGGUGUCUUCGGCGCCUGGUUCCUGAUGAAGUGCGGUAUCGGACGUCGCUCGCUCUACCUCUACGGACUGUGCGGUCUCUGCACGAUGCUCUUCAUCAUGGGCUUCCUCGGACUCGUCCCAUCGGACAAGCGCGAGUCGGGCGCCAUGGCCACAGGUGUCAUCAUGCUGGUGUGGGCACUCUUCUACCAGCUCACGGUGGGCACCGUGUGCUACUCGCUGGUCGCCGAGCUCUCGACACGCCGCCUGCAGAUCAAAACGGUGGUGCUCGGACGCAACCUGUACAACAUCAUCGGCAUCUUGACGUCGGUGCUGACGCCGUACAUGCUCAACCCCGGCGAGUGGAACUGGGGCAACUACGCGGGCUUCUUCUGGGCCGGGUCGUGCUUCCUCAGCGUCGUGUACACGUUCUUCCGGCUGCCGGAGCCCAACGGCCGCAGCUUUGCGGAGCUCGACAUGCUGUUUGAGCAGCGCAUCCCGGCGCGCAAGUUUGCUAGCACGCAGGUCGAUGUGUUUGGCGAGAAUGCGCUCGAGGGCACGCAUGUGUUUGAGUCGUAUGAAGAGAAGGUAGAUGCUGUGCACAGGACCGAAUCGGUUGUCGGAGCGUAAAUGCUAAUGUGGUCUCAGGUGGAGGCAUGACUGUCAUGAGGAGGAUGUUAUGAGCGAUGUAUAUGAUAUGCACGAGGUCUGUCACGAACACGGCCAUGAUGAGUUUGAGCGUUCUGUAUCACGCGAUAGUCACGAGUUCAAUGUAACUUUUUAAUUGC